AUGCGGCGUGUUCUCCUCACAUCCGGUCAAGUGUCCGUGCUGGCAACGGCCGCUAUGAUCCUUCUUUGCACAAGCGCUCUCUUUCUCAGUGGUUACGCCAUUCAGCAGCGGACUCUGCGGGAGCUACGCGCUGCUAUCCGGCCGCGCCAGUCUCCCAAGGCGCAUCUACCCGAAGAAUUUAGGGGAGCACUCGCAGAUCUAGAGGAAAGCAACUUGCUUGUGGAGGAGACUCCGGUAGAGUCUAAGCCGGAGCCGGAGCCGGAGCCGGAGCACAAGGAGCAGAAAGAGGAGGAACACAAGGAAGAAACCAUUGCCAACAAGGCUCCCAUUUCGAGAGCAGAGCGCCGCAAGAUGAUCAAAGACGAGAUCCAAAGGCUAGCUCAGUCAGAAAAGCCUGUCUACUACCAGAGGAGACUGUGGUGA